AUGCAUUCCAAACUCCCGCCUCUAUCAGCGAAUGACAAACCAAGCACACAACUAAAGGACAAACAAGCUAUCAAGACACCUCUUUCGUCGGUGGCGGAGCUAUGCGGGAAUACGCUCCAGCUGGACGCUCACGCGCCUCCAUCAUCCGUCACAGGGCUGUCGCCUGCUUCGGAACCUGUCAAAACUACUACAACUGAACACUUGCCUGCUACCGUGCCGUCUGGAACGGACGUUACGAUCCGACUCCAGACUGAGCUGCUAGCUACCGCCGACGAACUGUAUCGCAAGGAUAUAGAUGGUCACGGUGAAGGACGCGCGGGGAAGGCGCCUGAGCGGAUUUCAGUAGUGCCGCUACCGCCAUUUUCAAAGCGCUUCCCUAAGGCGAAUACACAGGAGUUGACAGAUGAGGAUUAUUGGUCUUCGUUUCCGCCACACAUAAAAAACUUUGUACGCAGUACUACUCUUAGUCUUACGCGAGGUUUGUUGACCCGCACAAAGGCGCAAAAAAUGUACAAUAUUGCGCAACAGAUGGUACAGUCCGAUGCCGUGCUGAAGACUGGAUUCAGCGCGACUGAAGCUACCACGAUAACCGCAAGGGCCAGCAUGGACGUUCCAGGGUACCCUCCAGGAACGUAUCCGUCGCUACCUUUUGACCCCUCAAUUUUCUCCGAUCCCGAGUUCACGUUAUCGGUAGACAGAGCAACAGCUGCUCUGGGCACUGCUCUACCAUCACCUGGCCAAUCUCACCCUCCUGAGUUCGGCCAAGAGGAGUUCAUCGAGGAUGACUACAGUGAAGAUGCUGAUGCUGUAGACGGCGACAUUGAGGAUCAAGACCUUGAUGAGAACGAUUCUGAUCUGCAGCCACAACCAACAUCAGCUCCGCACGUGCCACAUUUCCAUGGAUCGCUGCCUGCGACCUUUGCGCAGGUAGUUCUGAGCUACGAGGAGACGGUUUUGCGAAGUGGACCGCUUUCGACUGACUUCAGAACUAAGUUAUCAAUGCCUGCUAUGCCAAUGCUAGCAGCGCCUGUUGAGGAAUUGGUAUUUCAUAAGAAAAACAAGAAAGUCUCAUCUAUUAAAAUGCCGGCGGUUAGCGCCGAAAGUCCGGCAGUGCCGGGACAGGGAGUGGGAACGAUGGGCACGGCACCGGGAUCGGCGCUGGAAAAGGGUAGUGGAGGGACCGGUGGAGAAUUGAGGAAGCGCUCACUGCCUCUCACCGCCAACGCCAUGCCUGCAGCUCGAGCAGCAACAAAAGAAAAUAUAUCUAAUCCUCCGCCAAGCUCCCGUGCACAGGGAAAGCAGCCUAUGUCGUAUGCACCGCCUACAACGACAUCCACAGCGACCACGACGACCACCCCAACAACGGCCACGGCCACUGUCAAUGGCCAGCAACCAACAAGAACGGCUCGUGCGGCAUCAAAGGCGCCGAUUCCUGCUCACGCCUACCAGCAUAAUCACUCUCAUCACCAUCCAUCGCCUCCAUCAUCCAAUGCAUCCGUGCCACAGAAACAUCGUCCUCCGGCUGCCGCUGCUCCAGGUAAAUCUUCUCAGAACAACUCCAAGAUCUGGAGCACUAGCUCGACAGAGGAGCGUGAGCGUAUCAAAGAAUUCUGGCUUGGUCUGGGCGAGGACGAGCGCCGAAAUUUGGUCAAGAUCGAGAAAGAUACCGUCCUCCGGAAGAUGAAAGAGCAGCAGAAGCACAGUUGUAGUUGUGCAGUCUGCGGCAGGAAGCGACAUGCGAUCGAGGAAGAGCUUGAGGUACUGUACGAUGCUUAUUACGAGGAGCUAGAACAGUACGCGAACUACCAGCAGCGCUAUGUCUCCUCUGGUGGCACUAUACCCCCUCCUCCUGGGCCAGGUCCGUUUCCCGGCAGCGUCGAACUCGAUAAGAACGGCGCUGUUAUCGAUCCUCCUCAGAACAAAGUUUCCCAUAACCCCCCGCCAUCUAAUAGAACACCAGCCCUGACGAACGGCCGAAAACCUCCGAAACAUGAAAGUGAGUUUGAUGAUGAUGAUGGGGAUGAAGAGGAGUAUGAGGAAGAGGAAGAGGAGGAGUAUGAGGAAGACGAGGAAGAGGAGGAGGAGGAGGAAGAUCCGGAAGAGGAGGAGGAAGAAGUGAAACCACGAGAUCGACGCAAUCCCGGUGUUCGCGGACGAAGGCCUGUGAAUAACGCGAAGGUCAAUGGUCGCGAUGGUCUGUUUAACCUUGGAAGUAACUUGACUGUGACUGGUCCAGGUAACAUUCUGACAGUUGCAGACGAUCUCCUAAAGAACGAUGGGCAAAAAUUCUUAGAGAUGAUGGAGCAGCUGGCCGAGCGUCGAAUGCAGCGAGAAGAGGAAGCGGCUGCUGAUGUUGAAGAUGAAAGUGAUGAAGAGGACGACGAGGAAGGUGAUGAGGACGAUGAUGACGAUGAUGAAGAGGAAGAGGACGAUGAUGACGACGAUGAGGAGGUGAUGACCGAGGAGCAAAAGAUGGAGGAGGGCAAGCGGAUGUUCUCCAUUUUCGCUGCUCGGAUGUUUGAACAGCGCGUCCUCCAAGCAUUUCGAGAAAAAGUUGCGCAGGAACGUCAAAUGCAGCUUCUGCGCGAACUUGAGGACGAGGACAAGCUCACAAAGGAGCGGGAGGCCAAGAAGCAAACUCAGAACCAGAAGAAGAAAGCUAAGAAAAUACUUCAAAAACAAGCCCGCGAUGAAGAGCGAGCUGCCAAAGCGGCAGAGAAGGCUGCAGAGGAGGCCGCUUCAAAGGCCAAGCAACGGAAGAAACGUGAAGAAGAACGUGCUCGUCGUGAAGCUGCCCGAAAAGCUGCAGAUGACGAGAAACAACGUAAAGAGGAGGAGCGUCGUAAACGCGUUGCAGAGGAAAAGGAGCGGGAGGCCGAGCGAGAACAGAGGGUCAAGCAGGAGCGCCGUGAGCGGGAAGAAAAGGAGCGCAAGGCCAAAGAGGAGCGGGAUGCCAAGGCUGCUGCUGAAAAGGCUGCCCGAGAUGUCGCCCGAAAGGAGCAACAAGAGAAGGAAGAACGCGAGAGAAAGCUUGCCAAAGAACGGGAGGAGAAGGAGAAAGCGGAAAAGGAACGGGCUAUUCAACAGCAACGAGCUGGCAAGCACACCCCCUCUACGCAACGCACUCAGAGUAACAACGGUCCAUCUAAGAAAAUUCUUAGCAAGCCCAUCCCUGUCACUCCUACUCCGUCCGGAAGUACACCACGACCGUCACUGCAGCAGACACCACAGCAACCGCAGCGUCCCAUGCUGUCUAAUUCUCAGCCUGCAACUCCUGUGGCACCCUCCGUGCAAAAUCAUUUUCCGCCCAUGAUACCUCCACUUUCCGGCCCGUUGUCCCCUCGUCUACCCUUUGCACAACCCCCACCUCCAUUCGGACUGUUCGGUCCAGGUCCAUCAAUGCCACCACCAGGACCUCCUCCGAAUCUCGGUCCAUCCGCCCUUCCUCGCAAUUUUGGCUCACCUACUUCCUUCGAGUCAGGCUUUAGCCGUCCUCUGGCCCCGACAAUACCCAUUGGACCACCUUCGAAGGUUUCGCAGAACCUUCUUGGCUCACCAACCAUGCUGGUACCAGGGCCUGUCGCACGGCCGGUUUCUAUUGCUCCAAUAGCGCCACCUGCACCUAUCGCACCACCUGCACCUAUUGCGCCCCCUGCACCUAUUGCAAGGCCAAUGACAGGUGAGACAUCUGGUCGUCGCUCUCCAAGUCCGAAAGGCGUCCUUGGAUCUUCUGCUCUCGCAGAUGAUGAUGACGAAGUUGUUCCUCCGCCAGGACGGCGCAUCGCGCCGGGCGCAGUGGUGUUAUUCUCUUUUGCUCUAUUUGCAUCGAGGUUUACGAUCAAACAAGCAGAAAUACAUUAUAAAGAUGUCAGAUUUGGAGUGAUCGUCAAGUUACAUGGUGCAUAA